AUGGACCUCGAUCCUGAGGAUAUCAACGGGAAGCGGGUACUGAUCCCGCUUUUCAUUGGGCAGUCCUACGAGGACAUUAGAAAGAAGUUGCAAAAAUUGGAGGGGGCGUCGGGCAAGAAUAUAGAGGAACUCUUAGAAAUUGCCAUGAAGGUUUAUGAUCGGAGGGAUGAGGAGGAGCGAAAGAAAGGGGCCCGCGUUUUAGCCAUGGCCCUAAGGGAAGAAUAUAAGGAAGGGGGGGGCAAAGCGGCGGAACUGGUGGCUCUUAUUGAGGCUCUUCGCUUGGGGGCUGGGAAAACCCUUAACUUAUAUACGGACAGUCGUUAUGCCUACAUGGUGGUACAUGCACACGGGACCCUGUGGAAAGAGAGAGGAUUCAUUACGGCCUCAGGUCAAAAGAUUGCGCAUGGGAGCCUCAUUAAAGCUCUGCUCGAAGCCCUGAUGCUUCCACUCCGGGUCGCCGUGAUACAUCUUCAUCGAUACGCGGCGCCUUUCCAGGCCCUCCCCUUGGACCAGACCGUGCAUCCGUUCCGGAUCGGUGACCAGGUCCUUGUCAAGAAGUGGAAACGCGACCCCCUUACGCCAAGGCUGCAGAAUGACAUCCACAUCUUGCUCCAGAUCCUCCCAUCCUCCCAGGGCACAGGGAAGAGACAUGGCUGCUGCAGUGGUGCUGGCUCAGGCGUGGAGGAGACAGUUGGGGGAUCGCCCGUGCUCCCGCAGGCAUGGAGGAGACAGUCGGGGGAUCGCCCGUGCUCCCGCAGGCAUGGAGGAGACAGUCGGGGGAUCGCCCGUGCUCCCGCAGGCAUGGAGGAGACAGGGCUGGUGACCUUCGAGGAGGUGGCUGUGUAUUUUACUGAAGAGCAAUGGGAUCUGCUGGACCCCCGUCAGAGAGCCCUCUACAGGGACGUCAUGCAGCAGAACUAUGAGAAUGUGACCUCGCUGGGAUUUCCAAUUGCCAAACCCAACAUAAUAUCCCAGCUGGAACGAGGGGAAGAGCCGUGGGUGCCAGAUCUCCCCAGCUUUGAGGAAAGGGACAUCCUGAGAAACAUCCACACAGGUGAUGGGAUGGUGGGUGAGAGCGAGGAGGAGACUCCUCAGCAGGAAGUUCCUGAGCAAGUGGAACAACACGGAAAUCUAUCAGGAAGAACGGAAGAGGACGUUUCCCAGAGUCCUGAGCAGAGAGAAGCCUGUGACAGACAGCAAGGAAGUAACCCAGGGAUGAAACUGGGUAAAUCCACUUACCAAGUGGGAGGUCUGAAGGACCUUAAGAAAGCCACGAUCCUGCCAAGAGUCUUCAGUAAAGAGGAACCAUAUGACUGUGCUGAGUGUGGGAGAAGUUUCAACCGGAGAUCCUACCUUGUUAGACAUCAAAGAGUCCACACUGGUGAAAAACCCUAUAACUGCCCCAGCUGUGGGAAGUGCUUCAGUCAGAUAUCACACCUUAUUGUACAUCAGAGAAUCCAUACAGGAGAGAGACCCUAUAAAUGCCUUGACUGUGAGAAAAGUUUCAAGCACAGUUCAGACCUUGUUUCACACCAGAGAAUUCACACAGGGGAGAGACCAUAUAAAUGCCCAGACUGUGGGAAGAGCUUCAGGCAGAGCUCAGUCCUUAUUUCACAUCAGAGAAUCCAUGUGGCAGAGAGACCCUAUAAAUGCCCCGACUGUGGGAAACGCUUCAGCCAGAGUUCAAACCUCCUUAAACACCAGAGAAUCCACACAGGAGAGAGACCCUAUAACUGUCUGGAGUGUGGGAAACAUUUUUCCAAUUUCUCUUACCUGAUUUCACAUUGGGGAAUCCACACGGGAGAGAGACCCUAUAAGUGCCCCGACUGCGGGAAAAGUUUCAAACAGAGCUCGGACCUUAUUUCACACAGACGAAUUCACACAGGAGAGAGACCUUAUAAAUGCUCUGUCUGUGGAAAGAGCUUCAGCCAGAGAUCAAACCUCAACGUACAUCAGAAAAUCCACACGGCAGCAAGACCCUAUAACUGCCCCAAGUGCGGGAAAAGCUACAGGCGCAACUCAGAGCUUAUUUCACAUCAGAAAAUCCACAUGGGAGAGAAACCCCAUAACUGCCCUGAGUGCGGAAAAAGCUUCAAGCGGAGCUCAGUACUAAUUUCGCAUCAGAGAAUCCACACGGGAGAGAAACCCUUUAAGUGCUCCGAAUGUGGGAAAAGUUUCUGUCAGAGAUCGCAACUUAUUAGGCAUCAGAGAAUUCACACAGGACAGAGACCUUAUAAAUGCUCGGAGUGCGGAAAGAACUUUACCCAGAGCUCAACCCUUAUUGUCCAUCAGAGAAUGCACACCGGAAAUAAACCAUAUACAUGUUCUGUCUGUGGGAAAAGCUACAAGGUGAAGACCUCACUAAUAUCCCACCAGAAACUGCACACAAGGCUGCAGAAUAAUGUCCACAUCUUGCUCCAGGUUGUCCCAUCCUCCCAGGGGACAGGGAAGGGAACGGACUGUAAUGGAGCCAGUGCAGGGCAGUUCCCUGCUCUCUGUGAGGAGGGGGAUUUUCCAGCCCUGCCCACAACUGAGCUGGUGGGAUUAUGGCUGGGAGAACAGGUCCUGAGUGGAGGACUCUGGCUGUUUCAGGGGCCGGUGAUCUUCGAGGAGGUGGCUGUGUAUUUCACCAAGGAGGAGUGGGCUCUGCUGGACCCCAGUCAGAGAGCCCUCUACAGGGACAUCAUGCAGGAGAAUUAUGAGACUGUGACAUCUCUAGGUUUUCCCAUUCCCAAACCGUAUGUGAUCUCCCAGCUGGAACGGGGGGAAGAGCCAUGGGUCCUGGAUCUCCAGGGCUCUAAGGAAAGAGAGAUCCUGAAAAACAUCCACACAGGAGGUGAUGGGACGGUGACUGAGAAGGAGGCGGAGAAUUCUCAGCGGGAAGGUCUCGAGCAAGUGGAACUGCAUGGGAUGCAAUCAGGAAGAGCUGAAGGGAACAGUCCCUGCUCAGGACUCCAGAAAGCAACCUGCAAGAGUCAGCUCAGGCCAGAGAGGCAGCUGGGAAACCACCGAGGGAAGACACAGGGUAAAUCCACUCACCGUGGAGGAGUUUUGAAAGACCUUCCCAAAGACAUGAUCCAGCCAGGAAUCUGCACUAAAGAAAAAACAUAUGAUUGUGCUGAGUGUGGGAAAAGCUUCAGUUGGAGAUCACAUCUUAUUGUACAUCAGAGAAACCACACGGGGGAGAAACCCUAUAACUGCCCCGAGUGCGGGAAAAGCUUCAGUCGGAGCUCUACCCUGAUUAUACAUCAGAGAGUCCACACGGGAGAAAAACCCUACGAGUGUCAUGACUGUGGGAAGAGCUUCAAGCGCAGCUCAGAACUUCUGUCACAUCGACGAACCCACACGGGAGAGAAACCCCAUAACUGUCCCGACUGUGGGAAAACCUUCAGUGAUGGCUCAAACCUCAUUAAGCAUCAGAGAAUCCACACGGGACAGAAACUCUAUAACUGCCCUGAGUGUGGGAAGAGCUUCAGUCGGCGCUCACACCUUAUCACUCAUCAGAGAAUCCACACGGGAGAGCGGCCCUUCUACUGCCCUGAGUGCGGGAAGGGGUUCAGUCGGAAGGCUCAUGUCAUUACACACCAGAAAACCCACACUGGAGAGAGACCCUUUAGAUGUCCUGAGUGCGGGAAAAGCUUCAUUCGGAGCUCAGACCUCACUAUACAUAAAAGAAUCCACACAGGAGAGACACCCUAUAAAUGUUCCGUCUGUGGGAAAAGUUUCAAGCAGAGCUCAGAACUUAUUUCACAUCAGAGAAUCCACACAGGAGAGAGACCUUAUAACUGCCCCGACUGCAAGAAAAGCUUCAGUAAUAGCUCUGACCUUAUUGUGCAUCGGAGAAUCCACACAGGAGAGAAGCCCUAUAAAUGCUCCGAUUGCGGGAAAAGCUUCGGUCACAGCUCGGCCUUUAUUAGACACAGGAGAAUCCACACUGGCCUGAGGCCCUAUAACUGCCCCGAGUGCAGGAAAAGUUUUGCUCAGAAAUGGCACCUUAUUAGACACCAGAGAAUGCACAAUGGAGAGACACCCUAUAAAUGUUCUGUCUGUGGGAAAAGCUACAAGGCAAAGGUCUCCCUCAUGUCCCACCAGAAACUCCACACAAGAUAG